GCUCAUUCUGCAGCGAACUGCCGCACCGAGCAGACGUGAGUUCUGAGAUAUUUGUCGGAAAAAAAAAUCAGACGACAAGCCGCAAAAUCAAAGAAAAAUACAUAUCGAGCAGAUAUAUAUAUAUAACAAGGCGGGCGCAUCGCAGGAAACGCACUUGUGAAAGCGCAAGACGUGUAUGCAGUUUUCCAGCCAGCUUGUCAUCCGGACCUGUCAUCGGGGAUCGUCGUAGCGGAUUUUGCGAAAAGUCGAGCGAUACGAUUGUCGACGUUCAAUAAAAGGCGCGAAAUCGAUUUUUCUCGGCGGAUCGAUACGUGAUUGCGAUUGAAAAAAAAUUUGCGAGAUUUAUAUACGAGUUAGAGAUCUCGUCGCGGGAAAAAAACGUCAUCGUCAGGAGGAACAGUAUCGACGGACGCAUCGAGAUAGUGUGGAUUAUCUCUCUUUUGUAAAAUCGCGGCGAGGUGUCCCGUGCGUGCUGAACUUUCUAGAACCGUUGCGAGAGGGAGAACGAACGGAGGAGAGAGACAAAAGGCCGACAACGAUAUAGAGACGGGAUAGUGAGUGCGAGGAGCCGACGAGAGAGAGAGGAGGGACAGAGUAAGAGAGUGUACGUGCACCCGGCGGACGAGAUGGCGUUUAUGAUGCCCGUGGUGAAAAACGAAUGGGACAUUUACAAGACUAAUCGCAGCCGGCGCUCGUCCGAGUGCUCGAAUCCGCAGGCCUGUCGUAGCAGAAAGGUCUGGCGAACUAGCAGGCACAACCGUCUUGCAAAAUGCGGCACACCUAAUAGUGAUCACCCUUCUGUCUCGAUUUUUAUGGUGUCCGAAUGUUCCAAGUCGGAGGGUCCGUCGUUGUCGACCUCCCCGGGUUCCGACUUCCUGACCUCGCCGGCGCAUCGAUCCGUGCCGUUGACCUCCCGGCAUUUUUCAAGGACAUCCUCGAGGGCGUCUCAGAGCUCUCUGCAGAGUCCAAGCAAAAGCACGAGUACGUCGCCACCGAAGACCGGCAGCUCGAGUUCCCUAAACAAGUUCCACAACCGACUGGUCGACAAGCUGAAGCGCUCAUUGAAGAAAGCGGAGGACUGCGCAGAGGACCAGCGAAAUUUAUCGUGAAACAGUCAAGGGGUUUUGGGCCGGCCGCCCGUAUCCGGCUCGAAACCAAUCGAGAUCCGACGCACUUCGGCACCCGCUACUACAUCCGAGUCGAGUAGCAACGUGGCAGCACGCUCGUGUCCGGAUCCGUCUUCAGCUUGGUAGAGAGAAAAGAACACGAGAGAGAGAGAGAAAGAGAGGAAAGAGAUCGAAAUGAAGGAAGGAAGAGCGAGGAGAUCAACUUUCGCCUGUCGUACGAAAGCGACCGCGAAACGAGUUUAUCAGCCCAACACGAGCAAGAAGAGGCGCAGCACGAUCCUCAAGUCGUUAUUUUCGACAGUCGAUCGUGUGAAGGAUCCUCACGGGUCAAGAGAUACCUCGGAUGAUGGGAAGAGCGAGCCUCGGUAUAUGAACGCUCGAGAGGAUGAAGAGGGAUGUUGAUUGCGACGCUUUUAAAACAACUUUGAUACGCAAGAAGGGAAGAGUAUCGAAGAACGAGAGGAUCAGAUUGAUCCUUUAAUACUCCUGGAUAAAUCGGGAAAUUUUUAUCGAAAGAGCCGAAAGAGAGGGGAGAUAAAGGAUGAAGAAGAAAGGGAUGAAUGUGGAGCAUUCGAUCGAAUCUCUCUCGCAGUAGAGAUUUCGCAAGUGAACCGAAGAUCAGCGUUUGAAGGAUAAUCGUUGGAGCAGCGGCAGCGCUAACGAAGUAAGGUAUACAACAAACAUGUCUAUGUAUCGAGAUAUUGCGCGUCGCGGAAUAUUUCAUAUCGAACGUUGCAAGCUCGUGAUCGGUUGAUUAAAAAAAAGUCAUAGUCACUUGUGUUGUCAGACCUAAAAGCUAAGUUCCUUCUUCGCGCACGAUUUCGUGCGCAUAGCGUUCUAUAUACAUAUAUGUUGUUCUCUUCCUAAACGUAAAACACAAUUAAAGCGAAAUCGAAGAAAGAAAGAAAGACAUUCAGCGGGCGUGAAGGAGUUUCCGGUUUGAUCGGUCGACCGCACAUAUAAUAUAUAUCUGUGCAGAUAAUAUCUAAGAGAUAUAAGCAAAGAUAUCGAAAAGAGAUGCUUCGAUCUUUUAAACAAAUGUUUGUGAGAACACCGUUUCUUGUAAAACAAUAUUCUUCUAAAUGUUCUUAUCUUGCAGACGUCUUUCAAGUAUCUUUUAGAUAUCUGUUAAGGACCGAUGUGCGCUUUUGAUUUCUUCGACAAAUUUAUUACUUCGUGUUAAUUAAUAUAAUGGAAGCAGAACAUAAAAAUCUCCAUUUUAAAUAUAUCCAGUUAACUUUCUCGCAACCUAGACUGAAGAAACGUCCUCUAAUCAGUACGUCAUGCAAAAACCGUUUUAAGAAUAGAAGCUCGUAUUCUCAGUGCGCCAAAAAUAUGGAGCUCUGUCCAAUUGUGAGUACGUAAUUUAUUUGCUUAAUACGACGAGGAAUAUUUUUUUUCACGAUGUAUAAUGGGGACAGAGUUGAACGCGCGAUGAGAAUAGGGGUCAAAAAAUAUAAAGGGAGAAAGAGUAGUAGCGUGAAAAGAAUCGUGAAUAUUCUUGUUUUUAUCGUGAUAUCCAGCUGAGAACAAUAGUGAGGCUCGCCUGUUGUUCGAAUUCAGAAUCGAGUUUACGUGCCGGAAGUAGCAGUUUCUCGCCUUUACGAGAUAUCAGGGUCGUGCAGGAAAAAAAGAGUCAUGCAUAUAUGUGUGUAAGGUAGUUCAAAGACACGAAAUUAAACUUGCAAACACACGCGUUAUACCUUUCGAAUUAAAUCACGAACGAACGGAGCCUAAAAAAAGCGCUUAUUUUCACGUAUAUGUAACAUCCCGCUAUUCGACGUCACGCAAAAUUAGUUAUUAGUAUACUUAGUAUUUGCAUAAGCAUAUUCGUCCUUUAGGGAUUAGUUUCUCUCGUGCUCCCCUCUUUAUAUCAGAAAAUCUCCGCCGAAAAUCGCGCCGAAAUAUCGCGAAUUGCAAAGUGUUUUUAUGCCAAGAAUGGCUAAUGCAUCAAUAUACGAAAAAAAAAAAAAA